AAAUCUGCCAAUUGAUAUAACAUAUACAUAUCACUCGCCAUUCAUUUCUCCCCUCAACUCAUCAACUCAAAAUGGCUCAAUCACAACAAUCUCAUUCUCAGCCCAAGCCUCUUCACGACGCAGGGAACAAUCAUCCACUGAAGCAACAUUCACCAGAAAUAGAUGACGUCGAAGAAGAGAGCUUCUCCUACGCCAUGCAGCUCGCGACUUCUACCGCUAUUUCCAUGGCCAUGCAAACGGCGGUGGAGCUCGGCAUCUUCGACGUCAUUCACAGAGUUGGUCACGACGCCAGGAUGUCAGCCGCCGAGAUCGCGACGGAGCUUUCUUGCAAGAACUCCGAAGCGCCUUCCGCGCUCGAUCGCCUCCUCUGGCUUCUAGCGUCUCACUCUGUUCUUACCUGUUCCGUCGUGGCCGACGAGGAUCAGGGGCAGCGAUGUUUCCGACGAUUGUACGGCCUCUCUCCGGUGGCCAAAUUCUUUGCGCGAAAUGCGGAAGGAGUGUCGCUGGGCCCUUUUAUUGCUUUGAUUCAAGAUAAGGUCUUCAUUGAGAGCUGGAGGAAACUGAAGGAUGCAAUAUCGGAUGGAGGCAUCGCGUUCAAUAAGGUGCACGGAUCACAUGCUUUUGAGUAUCCAAAAUUGGAUUCAAGGUUUAACGAUGUGUUUAACAAGGCAAUGGUAAAUCAGACCACCUUGGUGGUGACUAAGAUUCUUGAAUACUACAAAGGUUUUGGGAACAUCACUAGACUCGUCGACGUUGGUGGAGGUCUUGGGAUUACUCUCAGCUUGAUCACUUCCAAAUAUCCAAAUAUUCAAGGAAUCAAUUUCGACUUACCUCAUGUCAUCCAACACGCUCCUCCUUAUCCUGGAGUGGAACACGUGGGAGGGGAUAUGUUUGAAAGUGUGCCUAAAGGAGAUGCUGUUUUCAUGAAGGUGUGUCAGCACUCGUGGAUACUUCAUGAUUGGAGUGACGAGUGGUGCUUGAAGUUAUUGAAGAAUUGCCAUAACGCCAUUCCUGAAGAUGGAAAAGUGAUUGUGGUGGAUGCAAUUCUGCAUGCCGUACCAGAAAUUUCUGCUUCUGCCAAGAGCACUUCCCAGCUUGACAUGAUUAUGAUGACUCAAAACCCAGGUGGUAGAGAGAGAAGUGAGGAAGAGUUCAUGGAAUUGGCCAGGUCAGCAGGGUUUAGAGGCGUUAGAUAUGAGUGUUUUGUUCGUAACUUCUGGAUUAUGGAAUUCUACAAAUAGAUAAUCCCUUUCGUUUUAGGGGUAUCAAAGCAUUUUAUAACAAUCCAAGUAAAUAAGAGAACUUGGUCUGCAUUCUGUAAUCCAAUUGUGUUAUUAUCAGGAAGAAGUGGAAGAAUAAUAUACUCGUAUGGUAUGUAUGAUUUCCCUAUAA